UUCCCAUGAUGGCGGCUCCUGCUGCGGCUCCGCCGGCUCCCGCCGAGCCCCGGCUUCGCACGCGGGACGUGCUGAUCCCCGGAGGCCCGGCGGACUUCGGGUCGCUGCUGCUGUCGGCCCCGGUGCUGGCGGGGCUGGAGGCCGCCGGGUUCUUGAGGCCUUCCCCGGUGCAGCUGAAGGCCAUUCCGCUGGGGCGCUGCGGCCUGGGUGAGUGGGGCGCGGGGGCUGGGGCGGUGCAGGGGCUGGAGGGGGUUGGUUCUUUAUUAUUUCAGAUCCUGGUCUUAGCUCCUACAAGAGAAAUUGCAGUGCAGAUUCAUGCUGUUAUCACAACUAUUGGAAUCAAAAUGGAGGGCUUGGAAUGUCAUGUCUUCAUCGGAGGGACUCCUUUGAACCAAGACAAAAUGAGACUAAAAAAGUGUCACAUAGCUGUAGGCUCUCCAGGUCGAAUAAAGCAACUCAUAGAAUUGGACUGUCUGAAUACAGCCAGUAUCCGCCUUUUCAUUCUUGAUGAAGCUGACAAGCUUCUGGAAGAAGGCAGCUUCCAGGAACAAGUCAACUGGAUUUAUUCUUCUUUGCCAGCCAACAAACAGAUGCUGGCUGUUUCUGCUACCUACCCUGAAUCAUUGGCUAAUGCUUUGACCAGGUACAUGAGAGACCCUACCUUUGUGAGGUUGAACCCCACUGACCCAAGUCUCAUUGGGCUGAAGCAAUAUUACAAAAUUGUGAAUUCUCAUUCACUUCCUCAUAAGACUUUUGAGGAGAAGGCGCAGCACUUGCAGGAGCUCUUCAGCAAGAUUCCAUUUAAUCAGGCCUUGGUCUUCUCAAAUCUGCAUAGCAGGGCUCAACACCUGGCUGAAGUACUGACAUCCAAAGGUUUUCCUGCUGAGUGCAUUUCAGGAAGUAUGAAUCAGAACCAACGUCUUGAUGCUAUGGCUAAAUUGAAGCAGUUCCAUUGUAGAGUCCUGAUUUCCACAGACUUAACUUCUCGUGGAAUUGAUGCUGAGAAGGUGAAUCUUGUCAUCAACCUGGAUGUGCCUUUGGACUGGGAAACGUACAUGCAUCGGAUUGGCAGAGCUGGACGCUUUGGAACCUUAGGCCUAGCUGUGACAUACUGUUGCCGUGGGGAGGAAGAGAAUAUGAUGAUGAAAAUUGCACAGAAAUGUAAUCUUCAGCUCCUUCCUUUACCAGAACCUGUACCCACUGGAUUGAUGGAGCAAUUUGCACAGUGGGAUGUAGAGGUCACUGCUAUUGCCCAUGCAGAUGCUUCAGUGAAUGCUCAUAUCUUGACCCAUAAAAGACCAGAGGAGUCAAUGCAGCGCACACACGUAAAUAGCUGUGCUCAGAUACCCCAAUGUGAUCCUGCUGUUCCAGGUGAAAAUUCCUCCAUGUCCAAGCCAAGAAGGGUUUCGAAACAGAAGCAGCUACUAAAAGGCUGCCCAGAUCAUGCAAAUACAGAAAAAACUAGCAAGAGUCCAACGACAUUAAACUCCAACGCACAGCAGAGAAAUCAAAUGGCAACGGCUUGCAAAACCACUGAACAAAAUGUUGAUCAGCAUCUGGACAAGGAAACCUUAAAAAAUACACUCCCCAAAAUUCCUUGCCUGUCAUCGUUUAAGAACCCACAGCCUGCCAUUCCAUGGAGCUUUGCAGAGUUCGUUGAAGACUAUGAAUACUUUAUUAAAGAAGGGUUGGAGAAAAGGGUUGAAAUCAUAAGAAGUUACACAGGCCCUGGAGAGCAGUACCAGCACCCUAAAAAUGGUGCUUUUGAAAAGAAAGGGAUGGAAGAGGUUAUGCACUCAGUAGCAGACAGUGUCUCAUUUGGGGACACUGAUAGUGAUAGUAACUCGUACAGUUCCAGAGCUUCCUCUCAUAGUAGGGGAAACAAGUCAUACUUUGAAGCCUCUUCAGAUACUCAAGAGAGAGGAAGUGAUGUGCUCAUUAUAGAUCAAGCUCCUCUAAACUAUUCCCAAAGCAUAAGCUGCUCCCUGGGCUCAGUGGAGCACCAACAGAUGCCACAAAUCCAAAAGCACAGUCAGGUGAAAAAGAAGGCGGUGAAACAAAAUUCCAAACGAUGUAAGAAAAGCCGCCACCAACAAUCCCCCAGUCCUCCAAAGAGAGGAGCUCAGGAAGACUGUUCAUACAGCACUCAGGAUGAGAGCUCUCCUGGCUUUCCCUAUGAGACUCAGAAUUAUGACGAAUACUGGAAGUCCUAUUACCGAACAUGGCAGAGUUAUUAUGCUUCUCACUCUUACUAUAGGAAAUUUCAUAGGCAUUUUAACUGGAUGACUGCUUAUCACGCCAACUCUGUCUAUCUUCAGGAACUGUUGAAGAGUGAUUGGUGAUGGGAGAGCAAUCUUCACUGCAGAAGGACUGAUACUUACCAAGAGCUAUCCUCUAAGCUCAGAAAUUGACUUAAAAAAUAAACAGACGACUGUUUUUAGAUUGAAGUAAAAAUGCUUUUUUUGUAAGUAAAUUCUUUCUGGGUAAAUGUUUUAUAUGCAUUCCAGUGAGUUGGUGUUGCAACAAAUAUUUGUCAAUAAAUAGAAAUGACUUGUCUUAUA